GAUCGAAAAGAAAAAGAAAACCAUAUCAUAAUCGAUGUCACUCCAACUGUUAAAGCUAGGAACUUUGGCCUUAAAAACACUGAGUAAAUCGGUGGCUUCUCGGCUCAAGCGACAGGCUGCGUAUGCCCCCAAGUUCCGCCAGUUCAUCGUUAGCAUUGCUCAGGCAAACCAUAGAAUCACAACUAGAAUGCAAAGACGCAUUUACAGUCAUGCAACGGAUGUUGAGAUACGCCCCUUGGAUGAGGAGAAAGCUGUUCAGGCUGCUGUAGAUCUUAUUGGGGAACUUUUUGUCUUCACGAUUAGUAAUUGGACGAUGUUGUCACCGAAAGCUUUUUGUCAUCUCCUUCCAAAUAAAGAAAAUGAAUCAAGCUGCAAACAUGCUAAAAUCACACACACACGCGUCUGUGUUUAUAGUUAUAUAUGUUGGCACGUAUGUUGCUAUUUCUUUGUAUCAUAUAGUACUACCUGCCAAUACCUUGUAUUAGACAUAUGCCCACCUGGUAGAUUGCUUUUUCUUUUGCUCUGCACCGGGUGUAGAGAUCUUACUUCUUUGUCAGAAUAGUCUUUUGAACGCAAUAAUCAAUCACACGAGUUACAUCGCAUUUAAAUAUUUAGCAUCGCUAGUGAACUACAAUCUAACUAGAUUCUAGAUAUAUCACUGGUUCUAUUCGAGUAGAAUAUGUAUGAUUGUA